AUGAUUCGCAAACAAGCUCGACAACGACGAGAUUAUCUCUAUCGAAGAGCCUUGACACUUCGAGAUGCUGAGAUCAGUGAAAAGCGCGCAAAGCUUCGAGCUUCUUUGGCAUCAGGCAAACCCUUAGAUCCAUCGAUUGCGAAUGAUAAAAAAUUACGAGAAGACUAUAAAUACGAUGAAUCACGACCAGAUUUGACGGCAAACGAGGAACUUGACUUGGAUGAUGAAUAUGCUCAACUUUCUGGAAUCGUUGAUCCCAGAGUACUGAUCACAACUUCAAGAGAUCCUUCAUCGAGACUUUCUGCCUUUGCGAAAGAGAUCAGGUUAUUGAUACCAACUUCAAUCCGUCUAAAUCGAGGAAAUCUCAUUUUACCAAGUCUAAUUACAUCCGCCCAAGCAUCUGGACUUUCCGAUAUCAUCCUCCUCCAUGAACAUCGUGGUACACCAACAGCCUUGACACUAUCCCACUUUCCGCAUGGGCCCACGAUAUCAUUCUCUCUACACAAUGUUGUUUUGCGCCAUGACAUCCCCAAUAGCUCCCGUGGUACGGUCAGCGAGUCUUAUCCCCAUCUGAUCUUUGAAGGCUUUACAUCAAGAUUGGGUCUUCGAAUCGUCAAAAUCUUGAAACACAUCUUCCCCCCAAGAGAAGCGAUUACGAACAAAACGAAAAUCGGUAGCAGAGUUGUCACAUUCAAGAAUAUUGAAGAUAGUAUCGAAGUUCGACACCACGUGUUCGUUAAGACGGGAUAUCAAAAUGUGGAACUCGCAGAAGUUGGACCUCGUAUGACGAUGAGAUGCUUCGAAAUUAGAGGAGGAACGCUGGAGAAUAAGGACGGUGAUGUUGAAUGGAGGAUGAACCAAUAUACGAGAACUUCCAAGAAGAAGGACUACCUGUGAGAGUCUGGGAUAUGGUUAUUUGCUUGUUUGUUUAGCGUGGAGUUUGGUGGUAUCAACUUACUGUUGCGAGACUCAAAAGAUUACAAGUCGAGGUCCUUCUCCAUCGACAUAUCUACCAAAGAUUGUGACAAAGAAAGAAAUAUCCGCAGACAACAGAGGUAGUAGCCAUAUGGUCGCUGCGAUUCUGCAGGCCUCGUCUACCGAUAUGGAAAGAAUCGAGAAUGUACCAAGGAGGGGUUGAUGCAUCAUGGGUACGAUGUGAUCUGAAAACAGUCUAUGGUUGGGCAUUAUUUAGUUCCCCUCAUUUCUGCCACCCUGUUAUGCAUUUUGGUUUCUUUGUCCAAAAUUCGGUUAUGAGCGAUGCAAACAGAAUUAGUAAAAUUGGACUUCACCUAAACGGCAAAAGUCGAGUUGUUCCACAUGUUUUUAAUGUUUGUUCGUGCAGACAUUCGACCAAGAUAGAAGAUAUGAAUUGAUUCUGCAGAUGCUCCGAGGCUUCCUUGGCUGCCCAAUUCAUAUCUUGGCAUGUUUAUAUCUCUCCAAACAUUUUAAAAUAUUUUAUCGUGUGUGUGUGUGUGGAUCUGAUGCAUACCAAAUUUUUCCUCUGAUGAAUUUAUAAUUGUGGCCUCUCCAUUAUUUACUCGCCGGACACAGUGUUUCCGUUCACGAUUUAGGACCAUGCGAGUAUUCGAGGUGAGGACGACUCCAUCGCGUAUUGUGUUCCAAUCAGGGGUAACGAGACGAAGUUCACACUCUUUCUGUCAUGGAUACAAAUCCUCAUAAUGGUUUAGGAAUAUAUUGACUGGUACAGGGGCAACACGAGAUAACCUUGCUUUAAAUUUCGAUGUAAGAAAAUCUAUCUGUACUACAAUCUUGACACUUUCAAAGUCUUUCCAAUAUGAUCAAAGG